AUGGGCAAGGACCGGGUCGAAAAGAAGGAGAAGCGCUCCGAGAAGAAGGAGAAGCGUGCUGACAAGGAUGGUGUUGUCAAGCCCAAGAAGGAAAAGAAGGACAAGAAGGAUAAGACCGCUCUUGUCGCUGCGGUAGAGAAGGAGAUGUCCUCCCCAGAUGUCAAGGCUGAGCGCUCUGCUUCCCCUGCCGAUGUCGAUGUUGAGGGUGACGAGAUGGCCAUUGACCGUCCCACUGGUGCUCUUGUGCCUUUCGCCAACCCGCUGGUCGAGGACAAGAACGCCAAGAAGGUGCUGAAGAGCGUCAAGAAGGCUGCUGUCAACAAGUCCCUCAAGCGCGGUGUCAAGGAAGUCGUCAAGGCCCUCCGCAAAUCGGCCAUUCCCGCCGCCAACGCUACCAUCGAGAUCCCCAGCGGUGUUGUCAUUCUCGCCGCCGACAUCUCCCCUAUGGAUGUUAUCUCCCACAUUCCCGUCCUGUGCGAGGACCACGGUAUUCCCUACGUCUUCGUCUCUUCCCGCGCCGAGCUCGGUGCCUCGGCCGCCACCAAGCGCCCAACCAGUGUGGUCAUGGUGACCCCCAAGUCUGCCAAGAAGGGCAAGAAGGACCUCGAGGCCGAUAACGACAGUGAGGACUUCGGCAAGGUGUUUGAGGAGCUCGCCAAGCUGGCGGAGAAGGAGCUCAAGAAGGUGGUCGUUUAA